AUGUCUGAUUAUACAAAUAAGCGUAGUACUCAAGAAGACGUUUCAUCACCGACGGAGAAAAUCAAACGCAUUCAAUCUCAUCUGAACAUGAAGAUACCGAGUUACAAUGACCAAGACGUUGCUCAGCUAAGAUCCCCAAGCCCGAAUUCAUGUACGGCUCAGUACGCGCGUGAACUCUUGGAGAUGCUGGAACGCGUGGAUCAUCAAGUCGAAUACCUGCAGGAGGAACGUGAACGAACGCGUAUUCGGCACGAAGAAGAGGUAGAAAGGUACCGUGACCGCAUUGAUACCUUGGAAGAAGAGGUGAUGUACCAGAAAGCACUACUUGACGUCACGAGCGAAGACGUAGAUCGGCUGGAGGUGGAGACGGUGAAGCAGAAGGAGAACAUCAAAGCGAUCUUGGAGUACGCACAUGGAGACGCCGUAGAGAGACAAAUAUGCAUCGAAGAACUGAAAGAUCGUAUCAUUCAGUCUCAAUCCAUUAUAUCGUAUUUUACAACCAACCGUCGUGCAGACGACGACAUUUCCUCGUUGGAAGCUAGCAAAUCCUUUAGGACUCAUAUAUCAGAGGAUGAAGACGGUCAAACAACGACGUACAAGAUAUGUAUCGAGUUCGUUUCUCUGUCCGUCAUCACCUCUGAUUGA